AGAUGUGGGAAAUACAAUGCCAACACUAUCUAUUGAGGAAGUUGAGCAUGCAUUGAGUAUGAGAUUCUCUGUUAGGCAACUAAACCAGUUUCUAUCUAUUAUUAGUAGAAGGAGUCAAAGACAUUUACUAUAUCCUGCUUUAUCCUAUAAUAACACUAAUAUAAACAACUCUGUUUCUAAUAGAAGUGAUAUUGAAUUAUUAGAAACUCAAGUUCAAGUCCAUUUGUCUCUAUUAUCAUCUGAUGCAACUAGCACACCUCACCAGAUUCUUAUAUUUCACCCCCAAAAAAAAUAUGUGAAUAUGCAUUCUCAUACUAAUCUUUAUACUCUUUUCAGUAAUAAUCCUGAUCAAAAUAUUAUUCAUGUACUUGUAAAACAAUUACCAGGAUCAGAAACACAAAUUAUUUAG